AUGCAGCUCCAAGGCUGUAUCACAGCUCUCGUCACUCCCUUCACAGAGGAUGACGAGGUGGACUAUGAGUCUCUUGAGGCUUUGGUCGAAAAGCAGAUCGCGGAAGGGGUUGACGGGCUCUUACCGGUUGGGACGACUGGGGAGUCGCCAACACUGAGUCAUGAAGAACACGAAGCUGUGAUCGAGUUCGUUGUGAAGACGGUAAAUGCGUUUUGUGUUAAGUCUUUUGAACACGAAGCUGUGAUCGAAUUCGUUGUGAAGACGCUGUGCUUUUCGUCUUAAGGGGGUUCUCACCUGGUGCGGCAAGUAAGUAAUAUCCAAUGAGGAAAAUGAAAAUUAUCAAAGUGUUUAUGUUUUCAAAUUUACAGGUUCUUGUCCGCCCAACAUGAACAUCAAACGUCUCUCAAAGCCUCAUUUUCCCACCGUGUGCAGGUAAAUCACCGUGUCCCUGUUAUCGCCCCAAGAACAUCAAACGUUUCUCCAUGCAGGUAAACCACCGCGUCCCCGUCAUUGCCGGUGCCGGUUCAAACUCCACUAUCGAAGCUGUGCGCCUGACCAAGCACGCGAAAGCGGUCGGCGCGGACGCAGUGUUGUCUGUCAAUCCGUAUUAUAACAAGCCGACUCAGGAAGGACUUAUGCAACACUUUGCGGAAGUGGCCAAGGUGUAAUAAAACCGUGGAUCUAGUAUGAAGAAGACUUGGUAGAUUCCAUUUCUGAAAGUUUUUUAAGCCUAAGCUUUCUUGAACCGUUAGACUUGAUCAUUUCGUGGUAUUCCUACAUCGCCCAGGUCGGCAUUCCCAUCGUGCUUUACAACAUCCCUGGACGCACAAACAUCAGUAUGACACCUGAAACUGUUGAGGCCCUACAUGCGAGAUUCCCUGAGCAGAUUGUUGCUAUCAAGGAAGCAUCAGGCAGUCUGGAUCAAGCCAGUGAGAUCGCGGCGAGAUGUCCGGCUGUAACCAUCUUGUCUGGUGACGACAGCAUUACCCUACCGUUGAUGAGCAUUGGGGCUCAAGGUGUCAUCUCUGUUCUCGCGAAUAUGUAUCCGAAGUUGGUCAAGGAUGUAACGGAAUCCGCCUUAACCGGAGACUGGGAGACGGCAAGAAUCAGCCACGUGCGGAACUUCCUUUUGUAGUAUGGCAGAGUAGUUCAAAUUCUCAGAAAAUGGCCUCGAGAACAAUAAAAUCCACCUUUCUAAUCUCCCAAGUCUCUCUUCUGCGAACCGAACCCUUGUCCUGUGAAACUAGGGAUGGCCAAAUUGGGAAUGAUCAAGACCGCUCGUGUACGAUUACCCUUGGUCGAGAGCGACCCUGUCACAGUUUGGCAGGGAAAGGUCAAGCCGGCUUUGGAUAAUUAUGUUGUGAAAGAGGAAUAGCGUGUAAAAAUUGCUUCCAUGAUUCAGCACACAUGCACGACUGUGGUCCUUCCUUCUAAUAUAAAGUAGCAGCGGAGACAACCCUGCAUGCGCACGAGCCAGAAGCAGGAGAGUCAACCGAUGUGAAACUGCUGAAAGAGAGCUCAUCCUCUUCUAGUACCGCAGUAGGGUCAUCCUCUAGUGCAGCGUCUUCAAGCGCCGAUGAAAAAGCAUGAAGUUUAUGCAUCCUUGGUGGAAUCUUGGAAUAGAACUUUGUUUGAGAAUAGAACGAAGUCAGUGGGUAGCAGCACUAGGACUGGAAGUGUUGAAGUUUUGGAUGUAUGAUUUCGGUUUGAGGAUGGUGAUAGAAACAAAAUGAUCAUAUUUAAUCGAGAUGUUGUGACGCUACGCUUUGCAUCAACAAAAACACAUCUAUACCUUGGAAUGCAUACAUGAACUUUAAGGGCUCGUUUUUUUUUGCUAGCAUCGAUGGUUGUUCUGAACAGAUGUUGUCAUACUGUUGUUUAUGCUCAUGAAGUUUCUUCAACUCUGCAUGGAUCGAACGAUGAUUUUGGAAAGGAUAUGAAAACUUGUUGGCAUCAUAAACGCACUUGUUAAUGUUUCUUACAAUACUGAAAACUGCGCAUCGAUAGAAGAAUUCCAAGUACUUUUCGCAUCG